UUGCAAAUUCAUUUCAUUUGUCUUUGCCAUUUCAUCCAUUUAUGCCAUUUUCAUUCAACAGUUAUUUGGAUGCUUGUAAAUUUUUAAGUUGUAAAUACUUUACACCUAAAAGGAGUUUAAUGUGUUAACAUAUUGUUUUGUUUAGCUUUUAAAUAGUAAUUUGUGUACAUGAAAACUAACUAUGUAUUUGGCUUUUAAGUGGUAAAUGUAAUACACAUCAUGGGGGGCUCCACACAUCAUGAUUGUGUAUCAACAUGGCGUUCUGUUAUAUAUAAUGUCUUUUUAACUAUAAAGACUUUACAUGUAAUAUGAAAUUAGACUUUUUGCCAAUUUUCAAAUUAUAGCCGAAAUGAAUAAUAUAUUUACGGCCUGUAAAACCUUUAUAUGCAAAUGUAGAUAUCCAAACAGCCCAUGCAAUUAGAUUACUUACAAUCUCAUUACAGCUCAAGGAUUUUUACUAGCAACGAAAUGGCCUCUUAAAACUUUUAAGUGGAGAUAAGGAUUAGUGUUUUGAUUUUGAUUGUAGGAAUCUCGAAUUCGAUCUCAUUAAAAAAGAGGCGCAACUAGAUUUUGCUGGAAAUCUUUAGUUCUAUUAUCCUUCCCAGAGAAGAAACGUAGAGGGCUCAACCAUAAUCUAUCAAGAAAGAAGAAAAAGGAGUUGCUAUGGAAUUCCUCCAGGAGAUUGCCAGGAAUGCAUGGGUUCAAUACGACUACUCUAGAAGGCUUGAAGAGAGUCUUGAUGUUCUGAAAAUUGAAAUGCAAGAGUUGAGCAGCCAACAGACUGACAUAAUUAUUGCACUGAACACAGCGGAGGUAGUGCAUGGAAAGAAGCCAAAGGCGGAAGUGAGUUUAUGGCUGGAAAAUGUGGAAAAGGUUACAAGCGCAAUGACUAAGAUAGAAGAGGUUUAUGGAGAAAUAGGGAGAGAUUUCUCACUCCCACGUGUUACAUUGGGAAAGCAUGUCAUAGAAAAGAUUGAAGAGGUGGUGAAGCUUAAGGAGAAAGGUCGAUUUUCAGAAGGGUUACUUGCUGAUCUAUUACUUAAAAGUGGAAGUAUGCCCACAACGAAACUAGUGGGUAGAACGACAGCGGAAAGAAAUUUGGAACAGAUUUGGGAGUCUUUGAUGGAUCAAGAGGUCAGAACUAUAGGUGUGUAUGGCAUGGGGGGAGUGGGCAAAACAACCAUCAUGACCCACAUCUAUAAUAAAAUACAGAUCUCUAGAAUAUUAGGCACUGCCAUUUGGGUGACGGUAUCUAAUGAUUCUAGUAUUGAGAGACUGCAAAAUGGUAUUGCACGGGCAAUAGAAUUGGACCUUUCUUAUGAAGAUGAUGAAAUGAGAAGGAAAAUAAAAUUGUUUGAGGCUUUGAAACGUAGGGGGAAGUUUGUUAUCAUCUUAGAUGAUAUGUGGAAAUCAUUUCCAUUGGAAAAAGUAGGGAUUCCUGAGGAAAAUGCAUAUAAAGUAGUACUAACUACUCAAUCAAAAAAUGUGUGCCGAGGCAUGAAGUGCCAAAAAAAGUUUGAAAUGGAGGUUCUUUCAAGGGAAGAAGUAUGGGAAUUGUUUAAGGAAAUGCUUGGGACUGAUGUUGUGUUUUCUCCUGAAGUAGAACAGAUUGCAAAGCUUGUAGCUGAAGAAUGUGGUGGUUUGCCGCUUGGAAUAAUCACAAUAGCAAGUGCAAUGAGAGAAAAGGACGACGUUAGAGAAUGGAGAAAUGCAUUAGAGGAGUUAAAAUGCUCGACGAUGGAGAUUGAAGGCAUGGAUGAUCAGCUUUUUCCAAUUUUAAAAUUUAGUUAUGAUCGACUAAAAUCUGAGAAGAUUCGAUCUUGCUUCUUGUAUUGUGCUUUGUAUCCAGAGGACUAUGCAUUCGAUGAUGAAGAGCUGGUGAAGUAUUGGAUAGCAGAAGGAUUGAUAGAGGAUAUGGGAUAUUGGGAAAAGGAACAAGACAAAGGCCACAUAAUAUUGAAUGGACUGAUAGAUGUAUGUAUGCUGGUAAAGAAGUUUGUAGAUAGUAUAGGAAUGCAUGAUUUAAUCAGAGAUUUGGCCAUCGGAAUUACCAGGAAGAGGCCUCGGUUUGUGGUCAAAGCUGGGAUAGGGAUAAGGGGAUCAAUUGGUGUACAAGAAUUUACUGAAGAGGUUGACAAAAUCUCAUUAAUGAGAAAUCAAAUUGAAAUGAUUUCAGGUGAACCUAACUGCCCAAAACUCUCCACAUUGUUGUUGCAGGAGAACCCCCUCUCAGGUAACAUUUCUCAUGAGUUCUUCAAUCACAUGAACGGCCUCAGAGUUCUUGACCUUUCUAAGACUGGUAUUGAGUAUCUGCCAGAAUCAGUUUCCAACUUGGAGAACCUGCAUAUGCUCUUACUAAAUAGCUGUGAGAGGUUAAGGGAGGUACCGUCCUUAGCAAAGCUGAAGCGUCUAAGGUUUUUGAACCUAAAUGACACUGGCAUCAAAGAAGUGCCAGAUGGGAUGGAAUGUUUGGUUAACCUCAAAGAGUUUUAUGUUUCAUCUGCUGAAGAGACAAAAAAGAUAAAUGCUGGUGGUUGCAAUUCCUUAAUGCUUACUGAUAGUAUUAUCAAUCUGAAAAUGGAGAGAUGCGAUCUGUCAAGCUUACACUGCCUGUCUCGCUUGCAACACUUGCAGUCAUGUGACAUCUUGGAGUGUAGCAUGAAGUGGUUGUUGCCGAUAGGAGACAACAGCACCAUAAUUCCGUCUUUACCCUCAAUACAGUGUCUGGAUCUAAUGGAUCUUCCGAAUUUAAGGGGUCUGUGUGAGGGAGCCUUGCUGCGUGGCUCAUUUGCAUGCCUCAGAAACCUGAGUGUCUGGGGAUGUGAAGUAUUGGAGAAUGUCAUGUCACUUGAAUUGUUUCAGCACCUCCAAUGCCUCCAAUACAUCCGUAUUAUAGAAUGCAAUGAGAUGGUGGAGGUGAUAAAAGGAGGAGAAGAAGGUGAUAACAACAACAAUAACAAUACCAUCAUCCUACUCCCUAACUUGAAUUCUUUCCUUUUGGAUAAUUUAGGGAAAUUGAAAUGCAUUUGUAAGCGGCUAAUCAUUUGCCCUUCCCUGACUGAGAUUUAUAUAACUGAUUGUCCUCUGCUGAAGAAGAUCCCUCUUUCCAUGGGCCACUCAACAUCAGUUGUGAGAGGAAGGAUUAAAGGAAGCAAAGAGUGGUGGGAUGCAUUGGAGUGGGAUGAUCCCAACACCAAAACACUCCUCCUACCUAUUUUUCAUGAACAAAGACGUGGAAUGAAAAGAAAAGCAGAACGAGCAGAAGAGGUUGCAUCGACGUCACACUACCGAUAA